CCAAGUCUCUAAAUUUAUUUCUACAUUUUUCAAACACAUUUUCCCACCAAGUCUCUAAAUUUAUUUUCACAUUUUUUACACACAUUUGUCUCUAAAUUUAUUUCUACAUUUUUCACAUACAUUUUCCCACCAAGUCUCUAAUAAAAAUGUUAAAAAUGUUCAAUUUAGCAAAGAUGUUGAUCAUCUUUAUGUAUUUAACCUCCAUCUGUUGCUUUUUCAUUUCAUCCCAAAAUGUAUCAUCUCCUCAAGAUAUAUUGUACACUUAUGAAGAACCUAUAGAUGGUCUAAAACUACAUGAUACCCACACACUUUCAAAAGGUACUUUAAUGAUCUGGAUGACCUUUGAUGAUGAUAAAGAUCCAUCAUGCAUGUUACCUUAUUUUUAUCUACGAUUGAUAGAAAGAACAGGACGAAUUACAUACAUAAAUCUUAAUUACACCUUUCCUCCAGAAGCAGUUUGCCCCAUUAGUAUGGAUUUUAUACCAUUAAAUUAUAAUUAUAUAAUGGUAAUUUAUGUUAAAUCAAAUAAUGGUGUUAAGGGAAAGUAUGGAUUGAUAAUUAAUUAUGAAAGUGAGAUUAUAAAUGAAAUCUACUUAGGAAAUGUUAAUGACUAUAUUAUAGAUAGUGGAAGAUUAGAAAAAGGUUUUAUUCGUAUUGAAGAACAUGACAAAAAAGGAGCAACAUUGCAUUGGCUUAGUAUCCCAGAUAUUACAACAGGAAAAGUGGUGGAACAUGGAAGUAGCGAGUUUAUUGUACCAAACCAAUUAUCAUAUACUUUUGUAAAUAGUUUUAAUUUUAAUUUAAUUGAUGGAGGGAUUGGAUAUGCAUAUAUUCUAAAAUAUGAUGAAAUGGGAUCAUUAGCAACAAAUGAUCCAAAUAUUCAAUACUGGAAAAUUUAUGUUUCAUUUUUAAGAGAAGGAACAUAUUUGCCUACAACACCUUCUCUUGUCUAUCAAACUACUACAAAAUUAAAUAGUGUGGUAUUUAACUCAUGUACUUACAAUAAUGGUGUAGGAUAUAUAUGUAUUGUGUCAUUAAACAAUACAAUUACAAAUAGGAAUGAAUCAAGAACUGAAGUGAAUUAUUAUAGAUUGGAUUUUUUAACAACUGGGGCCUUUAUUCAAUUUGAUAUGAUUCCUAAAGAAAUAAGUAUGGAUGUCUUUGAUUUUUCAAGUUUAAUUUACGGAGGAUUUCUUGUGAGAAAAUAUUAUACAAAUACAACUGCAAUGGACUUUUCUAUUUUAGAUAAUAAUGGAAAUUAUAAAUCAGGGGGAUCUUUUGGCCCAGAGUUUGUUCAUACUAAUAUGUUCUCAAGAAAUGGUACUUUAUUAGGAAUAAAGAAACAAAUUGGUAAUAAAUUAGAAAUUUUAUUGAAACCUUUAUUAAGAUUAAAUAAUCAAGGAGCUGAAUAUGAUAAUCCUGUAAUUGAGUCAACAAAACCAGCGAUCCAUGAAUUUAUUGAUUCUUCAAUCAAUGAAAUUACAAUUAAAUAUGCCAUUCCAGUGAGAUUAUCAACUGCAAAUAUUUCGAUAUUUCAACUAAAUGGUGACCCAUAUAAACCAAAUCUAUUACGGCAAACAAUCUCAGGAAAUUCCAAACUAUGUACUGUUGGAAGUGAUAAUCACACUGUGCAUAUUCCAAUUUUCAGGAGUUCAUUUAAUCAGCCAAAUGCUUCGUAUCAUGUGAUAAUUGAUAAUAAUUUUGUCAUUUCUCAGGAGAGAAAUGAACCUUUAUUAGGCAUUAAUGAGGAAACUUGGAUGUUUUCAACAAGUAAUAUAUAUAUAUUUUUUUAAUUUUUAAUUUUUUAAUUUUUUUACUGGUCAAAUAGAAAAAUUUAUAUUUCUUUAUUAUAUUUAGAACCAUUUAAGGCAGGACAACAUUCAGUUUCAGUCACAGGGUCACUUCGAUUGAAUGAAGAAGGGAGUUCAAAAUUUCUUCAAUCAAAUCAGUCGGAGUUUUUCAAUAAUAUAAUUCAAGCGUUUUCCAAAAUAAUUCCAGUGGAUCAACAAAGGAUAACAACAAAUGGUAAAUGGAAAAAUGACCCUACUUCCCCCAAUAAAGUGUUGUUAUCCUUUACU